CAUGUGAAUCACUCCAUAUGUACGGUUGUAAACCCAUCUGUCGCAAUGUGAGUUCCGCCGUACGUAAAGUGGAUUACAAGAUUAAUACAGAUGACAUAACAGUUCAUUCAGCUCUUCUGAGGGUACAAGCAGUUGUAUACAGAUACAUAUGAAUCAAGUCAAAACACGCAGAAUGUAGAAAUGUCCUCAGAAUAAGACUAGAAGUGUGAUCGGGUCAAUGAUUUACGAUAUUAUGAGUAAGUCUUCACUGAAGUACAACUGGUAUAAAUACAUAUAAAAAGUCUGCCUCACUCCUCUACGUCUGGUGCAGUAUAAUCGAUUGUAUAUAGACAACAGAUAACUGGUUAAGCCGCCAGAAAAAAAAAUGAACUACACAUUAACAAGAGAAAACUUCGCUUAUGAGGGAUGAGGGACAUGUAAACCAAUUAUACAAAAGUCGUAUACCAGCACAAUGAACCACAGAUCUGGAGGACUGAUAUACACUGUACCAUGCAGUCGGUGUAAAAAGUGACAUUCGAUAAACAGAUUCAUGUGAUAUUAUUUCAUCAAACUCAGCUGAGGAUGUACCUGUAGGACUCCCAGAUCUGAAACGGGAGACUUCGACAUGCUUGUGACAGCUGGAAUAUGCACGUUUGGUACGAUUUUCGAGAUAUCAGUGAUUAGUUUUAUACUAUAUCUGUGUUAUAAUGUCCUGAAACAUUUCUUUGAGAAUGACAACACACCAAAACUUUUCUACAAGGAAUCCCGCCUAAAUGAAUACCUCAUCAGGCAAUGUAAAAAUCUAAAGAAACCCUUCCGACCUACGGUUUGGGCCAGGAAUGCUCACAUGCAGAGUUUUCUGGGACUUUUUAUCCAAAGGAACAAUGUGAUAUACGAUAGAGAAUAUCUUCAACUUUCGGAUAAAGGCAUUGUAGCGCUGGAUUGGUGUCGACUUCCUGAUCAUCCUCAGAAGCGAACGAGUCCAGUUGUUAUUGUACUUCCGGGUCAGGCUGACGAUAAGAGAGGUGUUCGGACUUUGUGUUCAAAGGCCUGUGUCGAAGGUUACCGUGUUGUUGUCAUAAAUUCGCGUGGUCAUGGAAAUAGUUACCUAGCAACAUGUAGAUUCCAAAGUUAUGGUGAUCCAGCUGAUUUAAGACAAUGUGUGAUAUAUAUUUACCGUAAGUUUCCCAAAGCUAACAUUACUGCCAUCGGUGUAGGUUCAGGUUCCACGGUUCUGUUUUCUUAUUUGGGCGAAUUUGGUUCGUCGACUCGUUUACAAGCUGCUGCUUUUAUAUCACCACCAUAUGAAAUUGAUCAAGACUAUUUAAAAGACGUUCCAAAAUUUUAUCAAUUUGUUGUUUUAUGCGGACUAAAACUGAUACUUUUACGUCAUUCUAAAGCUUUAACAAAAUCCGUUAAUCUACAAUCAGCGUUUAGUUCGUGGAAUUUACUGCAGUAUGUGGAGAAAGUUUACUGUGAUCCAUUAGGAUAUCCCUCCAUGGAGGACUUUCUAGAGAAAAAUAAUCCCCUCCGAGAUGUGGAUGACAUCGCUAUCCCCGUGUUAUGUAUCAACAGUCGGGACGACCCAGUGUGUCAACAGGAACAUAUCCCUUUUGAUAUUUUCAAUUAUUACCCAAAUAUGCUAUUGGUUUCCACCAAACAUGGCGGCCAUUGUGGAUUCUGGGAGGGCGGGGUUCCGGAGUCGUGGUCAGGGAAUCUAGUGCUGGAAUAUCUAUCUACUGUGUUAGAUUUCACUCUGAACAACAACAGAGAUAUUGACAGCAUGAAAUAAAAAAAAAAGAACUCU